GUUGAAGAGGCAUAAAAACAUAAACGGCGCACGUAGAAGCCACAGCCCACAACCCAUCAUUUCUGUUCAGACUCUCAGCCCCUCUCACCUGAGCCUGAGGGGUUCUAUACUCGUAUAACACAUACGCCCUUUUGCCUGCCUUCGCCGGAGCCAACAAAUAAACCAAGCCACCGUACCAUCACUCAUCACCUUCUCUCUCAUCCUCCUCACCACCCAACCACCGCCAUUUUCGCCGUCCGUAAAACCCCUCGCAACACUUCCAUUUUCUCCACUCGCCGAUUCGACUCAGCGUCACUAUCCGAUCCUGGCACCGAAUACACGGAUUGUGUUACCCCUCGAUUGACAGAUUGGUUGCGUAUCGGAGAGUAGCUAUGGCGCUAUCGGCCGCCGACUUGCCAGCGAUGUACUCGCUGCUAACCAACUCACUGAGCGCCGACCAGAGCGUGCGCAAGCCAGCUGAGGCCGCUCUCGCUCAGUCUGAGAGCCGCCCCGGUUUUUGCUCCUGCCUCAUGGAAGUCAUCGCGGCCAAGGAUUUAACAGCUCAAGGGGAUGUUCGAUUAAUGGCAUCUGUGUACUUUAAGAACAGCAUUAACAGAUAUUGGAGGAACAAGCGCGACUCAAUGGGAAUUAGCAGUGAAGAGAAGUUAUAUUUAAGACAAAAACUUUUGGCACACUUGAGAGAAGAGAAUUACCAGGUUGCCCUUACUUUAUCGGUUAUCGUUUCAAAAAUUGCUCGCAUCGACUAUCCCAGAGAAUGGCCAGAUCUCUUUUCCAGUUUAGCACAACAACUUCAAUCGGCUGAUAUUUUAACUUCCCACAGAAUUUUCAUGAUUAUUUUCCGCACUCUGAAGGAGUUGUCUACAAAGCGUCUUGCUUCAGACCAAAGGAACUUUGCUGAGAUAUCAACACAAUUCUUUGAAUACUGCUGGCAUCUUUGGCAGACUGAUGUUCAGACUAUACUUCAUGGUUUCUCAGCCCUUGCCCAAAACUUUGGCACAAAUACCUCUAAAUUGUGUCAUGAUGAUCUUUACCUAACUUGUGAGAGAUGGUUUUUGUGUUCCAAGAUAGUUCGUCAGUUGGUAAUUUCUGGCUUUCCAAGCGAUGCAAAGACCUUGCAGGAGGUCCGGCAUGUAAAAGAGGUCUCUCCAGUGCUUUUGAAUGCCAUUCAGUCAUUUAUUCCAUUUUAUUCCUCUUUCCAAGAGCAACAUCCAAAAUUCUGGAACUUUGUAAAGCAGGCAUGUACAAAGUUAAUGAAAAUUUUAGUUGCAGUUCAGCAGCGGCACCCUUAUUCAUUCGGGGAUAAAUGCGUUCUGCAACCCAUUAUUGAUUCCUGUGUUAAAACAAUUGUAGAUCCAGACCCACAUAUAAUGUCCUUUGAACAAUUCUUGAUUCAAUGUAUGAUAAUGUUGAAAACCGUUUUGGAAUGUAAAGAGUACAAGACAACCUUGACUGGACGUGUGGUGGAUGAAAAUGGGAACACAUUUGAGCAGAUGAAGAAAAACAUUUCUAGUUCUGUUGCCAGGCUCCUUGCUUCUCUUUUUUCUCAUGACAGGGUAAUACUGCUAUGUAAUGUCCUUAUCAGGAGGUACUUUGUUCUGACAGCAAGUGAUUUGUCAGAGUGGUACCAGAAUCCUGAGUUAUUUCAUCAUGAGCAGGAUUCAGUUCUAUGGUCAGAAAAACUAAGGCCAUGUGCUGAAGCGCUAUAUAUUGUUUUGUUUGAAAAUCAUAGUCAGCUGCUAGGACCUGUUGUGCUCUCUAUACUGCAAGAAGCUAUGAAUGGCUGUCCUUUUUCAGUCAAUGAAAUAGCACCAGCAUUACUACUUAAGGAUGCUGCUUAUGGUGCUGCUGCAUAUGUUUAUUACGAGCUUUCAAAUCUUCUGAGCUUUAAAGACUGGUUCAAUGGUGCAUUAUCUAUCGAGCUUACAAAUGACCACCCAAAUAUGCGGAUCAUACACAGAAAAGUUGCAUUGAUCCUUGGACAAUGGGUUUCAGAGAUUAAAGAUGAUACCAGGCGAGCUGUGUACUGUUCUCUGAUUAAAUUGCUUCAGGAUGGAGAUUUAUGUGUCAGGCUGGCAGCGUGUCGUUCCUUGUAUUUUCAUAUUGAAGAUGCAAACUUUAACGAGCCAGAAUUUUCAGAUCUUCUUCCCAUUUGUUGGGAUUUAUGCUUCAAAUUGAUAGAUGAAGUACAAGAAUUUGACUCCAAGGUUCAGGUUUUGAAUACAAUCUCUGCUCUUGUAGCUCACAUUACUGAAAUUAUUCCAUUUGCAAACAAGUUGGUGGUGUUUUUCCAGAAGGCCUGGGAGGAAUCUUCUGGUGAAAGUCUUUUGCAGAUUCAGCUUCUUACUGCACUGAAAAAUUUUGUGGUAGCUCUUGGUUAUCAGUCACCCAUCUUUUACAAUACUUUGUUGCCAAUUUUACGAAGUGUGAUUAAUGUAGAUAGCCCUGAUGAGCUACUUGAAGAUGGCAUGCAGUUAUGGGAAGCCACACUUAUUAAUGCUCCAUCAAUGGUAUCAGAACUACUUGGAUGUUUUCCUUGUUUAGUGGAAAUUCUGGAAAGAAGUUUUGAUCACUUGAAGGUUGCUGCAAAUAUUAUUGAGGACUAUAUAAUUUUGGGUGGAAGGGAAUUUCUUAGUAUGCACACUUCAAGUAUCACUAAAUUUCUUGAUCUGGUGGUUGGAAAUGUCAAUGACCGUGGGCUGCUUUCAACACUUCCCGUGGUCGAUAUUCUGGUUCAGUGUUUUCCGGUGGAAGUGCCUCAACUAAUCAGCACCAGUCUGCAGAAAUUAAUUGUCAUAUGCUUGACUGGAGGAGAUGAUCACGAUCCUUCCAAGACGGCUGUAAAAGCAUCUGCAGCAGCUCUACUGGCAAGGAUUUUGGUCAUGAAUACAAAUUAUCUUGGGCAAUUAACGUCUGAACCCUCACUCUCAUCGAGUCUUCAGAAAGCCGGUUUCCCUUCAGAAGAAAAUAUUCUUCUUUGCCUGGUUGACAUAUGGCUUGACAAGGCUGACAAUGUGGCUUCUCAUCAGAAGAAGACAAUUAGUUUAGCCCUUUCUAUAAUUUUGACAUUAAGGCUGCCUCAAGUACUAGAUAAACUCGAACAAAUUCUAAGUGUCUGUACGAGUGUAAUACUGGGGGGAGGUGAGGAUGACCUAACUGAAGAAGAGUCCAGCAGCGACAACAUUAGUUCUAGCAGGCCAAAUUUUCCAAGCAAAGAAUUGAGGAGGAGACAGAUUAAAUUCUCAGAUCCGAUCAAUCAGAUUUCUCUAGAGAACUCAGUGAGAGACAAUCUUCAGACAUGUUCAGCUCUUCAUGGAGAGUCUUUUAAUGCAGCGAUUGGUAAAAUGCACCCAUCGGUCCUUGCGCAAGUAAAACAAGCAUUGAAAAUGCCAUAGGCCAAUAUUUUUGUGAAUUUUUUGGUUGGAAUUCUUGUGUAAGGUUCGCUAGCUUUCUCAUGAUCCCAUGGAGGGUGAAGGAUGAAGGGAUGGUGGAGUUGUGCAUACUUGAGUACUGAAAUCAUUUUACCUGUUAUAAUUCCCUUGGUGUCCAGGUGAGUUUUGAAGUUUUUGUCGACCCCAUAUUAUUUUUGCAUUCUCUGGAGUGAGAUACAGUUGCAGCUUACAAUUACGGAAUAUGUGUUGGGUUUUUCUGGUGUCAAUUCAUGAGAGUAGCUUGAUUGUAAUUCUUUCGUGUUUCAUAAUUUCUCCCCAGUGCCUCCACAUGCAGUAAAAAUGUGGGGAUUGUCAUAUACUGUAAAUAAUGAUCCCUCGGUGUCGUGGUUUUUUGAGGCACAAGGAGGAUCAUACAUUGAGAUUAUCCAUUGCAAACUGAUGAGUGAAAAGUAUAAUUUGGUUUGUUUCGAUGAGCA